AUGUCACAAGCAUCCGCGAGCCCCACUCGAAGCAGAUUAAGUUUGAGGAACAACAUGCGCGAGAGGCUAGGCCCACGACUUGACGUCCACGCCCGCUUGGGCCCGCUGGGAAAUAUACUUCAAAGGCUAGGCCCCCAAGAAGGUCAACCAGACAACCAUCGCAACGAGGAUCGUGAAGAAAGACGCUCAGGUGUCUACUCGCAGAGGAGCAUUCACGAGAGGCUAGGUCCCCAGAGUGGUCAACCAGAUAAUCCUCACAAUGAGGACCACGAGGAAGGACGCUCCGCUGCUCACUCUCGAAGAGACGGUUCUCAUCAACAAGCUACGGAGAAUCUCUCGCAAGCGCAGUCCACCAACACGCCGCCUAGGCAGCGCAGACGAGAAGGACGACCCCCGCGGACCCAGGAGGAGGCUGCUCCCCCGAAGCGAUUCUCCACGCCUUCGUUUACACACUUCAAAGGGGACUCCGAUCCCGAGAGCCACCUAAAACACUUCAAAAGUGUUAUGAUCCUCUACAAGGCCGACAACGCGUUGAUGUGCAAGGUAUUCGUAGUGACCUUGCGAGGAGCAGCCCAAGAUUGGUUCCACACCCUGCCAUCCAGGUCGAUCAACAACUUCAAGGAGUUGGCUUACGUCUUCACCAAAGAGUACACCUCUUACCGAACGAUCAAGAAGAACCCUGACCACCUGUACAACCUGCGCAAGAAGUUCAACGAAUCCAUUCGAGAUUACAUCAAGAGAUUCAAAGCAGAAAAGGCCAACAUUGUAGGAUGCGACGACCGAAUCGGGUCAUCUGCUUUCAAGAAAGGUCUUCCAGCUGAACACGACUUGUACCGCGAGCUGACUAUCACUCCCAGCCAGACUCUGGCAGAGGUCUACGAGACAGCGGAACGCUACGCGCUCUGGGAUGACGAUCGAAUCGCUGCAAAAAAGUCUACUAAGCAGGAAGAUCAACCGACUAAGUGGGCAGGUCAAAGAAGCGAUGGAUUUAACAACAAGAACAAGGAUAAGCGCAGAAGACCGCCACCCUUGAAAGGAGAUCUAGAUAAGAGGGAUACUAGCAAAUAUUGUGCCUUCCAUGGGACACACGGGCACACUACCAACAACUGCCUCGCUUGGAAAGCAUACAUUGUAGAACUCGUGAGAGAAGGUCACUGCACGGAGUUCAUCGCGAAGCAGGCCAUCCAGCGAAUUGAAGAUAGAGACAUUGUCAAGGAACCACCCCAGAAGGUCAUGAGGAUUAACACAAUCCUAGCUAACGCCAAGGAGUCAGGGCUGACUAGCAAGGAAAAGAAUAGGAAGAUUAAACAGGCCUCUAUGAUCUUCCAAGUCUCGACUGGCCUUCUACCAGCAAAAGACGAUCCUAUAAUCGGCUUCCAAAAGAAAGAUCUGAUCAGCCUCGACAUGCCACAUAAUGAUACCCUUGUCAUCAGCAUUCAAAUCGCACAGGCCAUGGUCGAUCGAAUCUAUGCAGACGAGGGCAGCGCAGCCAAUAUCCUACAGUUGGCUGUCAUCCAACAGAUGGGCUUGGAGGCAAAAAUCAACAAAUCAGCCAGAUCACUGACCGGCUUUAAUGGUGCAACAACGGUUACCAUGGGCACGAUAUACCUCGACGUCUACUCCUCACCUGUAGUCUGCUUGCAAACAUUCAUGGUCAUUGAUGAGGUCUCACCCUACAACGGCAUUCUGGGUAGGCCAUGGAUUGGCAAGAUCAAUGUCAUCACCUCUGCCAUACAUCAGAAAAUUCGGUACCCAAUCCCUGGGGGCGGUGUCGGCCAAAUCAACAGCGAUCAGGCAAUGGCGAGGAAAUACUCCGCCCAAGGGCUAAAGAAAAGCAAACAAGCGCAAUUCCUCCCUGUGAGCCAGGCAGAUCUAAAGGAAGUUGAAUAA